CUCGCGAAGAGCCACGGUCUAAACUAAAAAGUGAGAAGUCGAUGUGGGUACUGCUAGUCUCGGACCGGCGGCUUCAAGUCUGAGAUCAUCGUGGAACCAUCAGCUUUGAAAUUUGUAAAACAUGGAGAAAACUCAAGAGAAAGCUGAAAGAAUUCUUCUAGAACCCUAUAUGUACUUACUUCAAUUACCAGGUAAACAGGUCAGAACCAAACUUUCACAGGCAUUUAAUCACUGGCUGAAAGUUCCAGAAGACAAACUACAGAUUAUCAUUGAAGUGACUGAAAUGCUACAUAAUGCCAGCUUAAUCAUUGAUGAUAUCGAAGACAAUUCAAAGCUCCGACGUGGUUUUCCAGUGGCACACAGCAUCUAUGGAAUCCCAUCUGUCAUCAAUUCUGCCAAUUAUGUCUAUUUUCUUGGCCUAGAAAAAGUCCUAACACUUGAUCACCCAGAUGCUGUGAAGCUUUUCACACGUCAACUUUUGGAACUCCAUCAGGGACAAGGCCUAGAUAUUUACUGGAGGGACACCUACACCUGUCCCACUGAGGAAGAAUAUAAAGCUAUGGUGUUACAGAAGACAGGUGGAUUAUUUGGACUAGCAGUAGGUCUCAUGCAGUUGUCCUCUGAUUACAAAGAAGAUUUAAAGCCACUACUUGAUACACUUGGUCUCUUCUUCCAGAUUAGAGAUGAUUAUGCCAAUCUACACUCCAAAGAAUACAGUGAAAACAAAAGCUUCUGUGAAGACCUGACAGAAGGAAAGUUCUCAUUCCCCACUAUUCACGCCAUUUGGUCAAGACCAGAAAGCACCCAGGUACAGAACAUCCUGCACCAAAGAACAGAAAAUAUAGAUAUUAAAAAAUACUGUGUGCAGUACCUGGAGGAUGUAGGUUCUUUUGAAUAUACUCGUUACACUCUUAGAGAGCUUGAAGCUAAAGCCUACAAACAAAUUGAGGCCUGUGGCGGGAACCCUGCACUAGUGGCUUUGGUGAAGCAUUUAAGUAAGAUGUUCACAGAAGAAAAUGAAUAAUAUUUGCCAUUCUUGAUUAGACUCAGAGUUUCU